AGCCUUAUUGCUCAAGCAGUUGUGCGCUGCCCCGGGACUUGCGAAGUCUCUGGCGCGCGCGCUCUGGCCACCCGCGUCCUCUUCCGCUCUCCCGCUCCUGUGGAGCAGCCCUGUGGGCAGAGGCUGAGAUUGCCUCGCCUCGCCUCGCCUCCCCACCCCGCACCGCCAGCCCGCGGAUGCCCGCCGGCGGAUGCCGGGCAGCUCGGGGCGCCAGCGCGCCGGCGAGGCCGGCGAGGAGGGCUCGCUGGCGGCCGCGGAGCCUUCCGCGGCGGGCAGCCCCCGCGGGGGCCUCGAGGAGCCGCGCAUCGAGGAGGGCCUGGUGCGCUGGGCGAGAGCGCAGCGGCGGACGGAGGCCGGCCGGGCGGUGCGCUGGACCAGCGGCACCGAGGAGGAGCUGCUGCGCAUCGAGGCCACCGCUCAGGAGCAGGCAGCUCGGCUCAGCUCGCACCUGCGCCUAUGCCCGCACAGCGCGGCGCAGGAGGGCGAGCUGGAGCCCGAGGGGCUCCGGGAGGCCUGGGAGGCGCGCUGGAGGCUGGCGCAGACCGGCCUGGUGCGUGUCGAGGAAGCGCAGCGCGCCGACGCGGAGGACCUCGCCCGCGGGGUGCUGGCAGGCCUUCUGCGCUCACGGGCCGGCUGGGUGCUGGGCGAGGACCCGGCGGACGGCGGCUGGCACCACGAGGCCCGCUUCGAGAGCCUGCUGUGCGAGUUGCCAGGCCUCGCGCGAGAGGAGGGUGCGGGGCACGAGGGCGCCAGCCGCAGUCCGGCCCGCUCCCGGAUCCCGUUGCAGGAGCCCGAGGAGGCCAGCACAGGCGCGGCUCCAGGAAGCUCCCGUGGCCUCGGCGGCCCCGGCGGGGCGGCCGCGCUGCCACACCCGCGCGGGGCCUCGGCGUGGCUGGUCGUCGGGGGCACGGGCGGCAAGGGCAUCCUCGUGCGGGACGGGUGCGGCCUCGGCUCGGCGCCCCAGCCGCUGCGACUCAUGCGCGGCGCCCGCGUGGAGCAGGUGGAGCGGCGGGGUGACAGGCUGUGCUUCCGGAAGCUGUCGGGGGACGGGCCUCGGGAGGGCUGGGUGAGCCUGGCCGCGAGGGGGCAGCAGCUGCUGCGGCGCGAGCCGCCAUGACGCGGGGGGCAGGCGGCGGCUCGCGCGCAGCUCGCUAGGAUAAGUGCAGCGUGCGCAGGAUCUCUGAGCAUCCGAGCCUUCGGAAAGAUGUCCGCGGCCGCUCCGGCCCUCCCCGAUGGCUCCUGCGCCACGGGGUCCCCGGAGUGUGCUCUCGGCCCGGGCCAGCCUUCCAGGUGCUUCUGGAGGUGCCGCGGCGGAAGGCCUCGGCCACCUGUGCACUGCUUCCGGUGAGGCCCUCGGUCGUCAGGGCAGCGCGCGCGGCCGACCCAGCAGAUCCGCCCAGGUCGCACCUCGCCCGA